CCUUGGUAACUGUUGUUAGUUUCAUUUAGUUUUGAAAUGAAGCGUCACGUUAAUAAACGCACAUAUCAUUUACUGAUUGUUGUGUGUUGAUUCAUGUAGGCGGGCGGAAAUGUAACUGUUUUCGUAAUUUACGAUUCCAACCUAUUUGCUAUGUUUGCGUUUGUUAUAAGUGUGCUUUAUACUCUAGCCGGUAUUUCAGCAUUUAUUGUAUUUUUAAUAUACGGCAAUUACCCGACCGCUGUUUGGGCGAUUAUUACAGCAAUAAUAACGGCUAUUAAUGGUCACUUACAUUGGCUUAAACUGAGAAAAGUUUUAAAUCAAUGGUACGAAAGGAAAGAAUUAACCCCAAUAUACUAUAUUGGAUUUGUAUGUUUUACACUUGGACUAAUGGGUACAGGUUAUCAUUCCACAAUAGAAAUAAUGCUAAAAAAACCAAUGAUGCCUAUCAAUCAGAGUGAAGUCACUGCUAUUGUAUGGGCAUUUUUAACUGCAAGAGGAGGAUUAUGCGUCAUGUUUACUAUACGAUCAUUUAGUAGACAACAAGCAGACGACGAAGAACCUUGUAUUGUACAACCAACCUCUAAUGAUUCUUUAAAUACAGUGGACUGACAUUUUUGUUAUUGGAUUCCACAUUAUCUUAAUAUUGUUGCUGCAAUUGUAUACAUUUUUAUCGUAAAUAAUAAUAUUGUUAGCAUUUUGUACUUUAAUUAGCAUUGUUGGUAAUUAAAUAUUUGCGAACUUUGA